AAUAGCCUGUCCGUCCCGCAGCGUUUCUCUUCAGUUGAAAAGGAAAAAAACAGUACGUGUCACUGUUGACGCAAGAGAGAUGGCAACCACAACCAUGACCGGAGCGGGAGGGGCUGGCUCUGAGGCUCCAAAAAUCGUGUGGAACGAGGCCAAUCGCAGGUUUGAGACUGAUGAUAAGAAGGCGUACAUAGAGUACGUGCUCAGAGACGAUGGCAAAGUCAUGGACUUGGUCCACACCUUCGUACCAUCUUCCAAGAGAGGCUUAGGUUUGGCUUCCCACCUCUGCUUGGCUGCCUUCAACCACGCCAAAUCCCACUCCAUACCCAUCAUUCCUACCUGUUCUUACGUCUCGGACACUUUUCUUCCGAACCCCUCAUGGAAUUCUGUUUUGUACUCGCAUGGUGUCAAAGCUGAUAAGGAACAAGUUCUACUCUUUGAUGAGUAGUUGAGGAAAAUGUUCUGUACUUUGUAAACUGACCUAAGCGCAUGUUCAUGUUCUUGUGCUUCCAUAUUUCUUAAUGUAAAGGGGUAGGUAGAAGUGUUUCUCUGCUUUACAUUUCAAUAAUAAUAACAUUUGAAGCUGUUCUAAGCAGGUAACCAACUGAAAGUUGCUACUUAGCUUUCCUGUUUUAAGUUUACCCCCCCCC